UUUCUGAGGAAAAGAUAAAACUUUCAAUGUAUUCUUUAUUUCCUCAUGUCAUUUCUCAAAUUUCAGCUUUUAGUGGUGAUGUGCUGACUAAAAAUACCAAAAUUGUUCUCAAAUUCGUCCAAAAGCGACAUGACUCUUAUUCGGAGUUUUUAAGAAAAUUUUAAUGGGUAGAUAUAUAAAGACACUAGUUCAGGAAUUAAUAAUUAAUUUUUAAAUCAUGACUACUUUGCUCCAAAAUUCGAACUCUGAAAUCCAACUAUUUUCUCCUCAAAAGCAAGACCCUGCAGAUCUUUUCUCAGUAUCAUGAAUCUCUACAGAGGAGUGAGCUGUCACUCUGCUAACUUCUCAAGAUGAUUGCUUCUCUAAACUUCCAGCUCUUAAUGAAGCUUUACAGUAUGAUGGGUUGCCUCUGAGAGUCGAUAGUAAUCUCAGUCCUGUUCUCUACGCACCUGUGAUUCCUGAGAGAAAAGAUGAAGCCACAGGAAUGCCAGAUUUAAUCCUUCCUCCAUUAGCUGUUUCCAGGUUUGAUGCAGAGGAAUCUGUGAGGUUCAAGACUCUCUACAUUAAAAACCUCCAAAGCCAUUUGUGAAAGGAAAAUAUUCCUAUCCAAAGAAAUGAGAUCCCAUUAGAGCUUCUGAGCGAAUCAUUAAUUUUUGAUAAUCCAAAGUAUACUAGCAUGUAUAAGAUGAUACUCGAGUACGUACUUCCAAGAUGGAGGCAGUACUUGUCCAUCAAAAAUCUGAAGAACACUCCUUCAAAGAAGAAAAGAAGAGCAGACUCUUAUAAGAAGAAAGUUAUGAGAGAUCUAAGAGAAUUCUUCAGAAUCCUCUUUAGAAAAAGAUUCCAUGCUUCUGAAUAUAAAACAAGUGAAGGCGUACGGAGCUGUAUGAAAAAGUUCUUUAUCGAGCUAGGCUUUAGUGCCUCUGAGGAUGAUCUUGAUGACCUUUACCUCUUCAAAUUUCUCCAUCAGACGCAUAAGAAUACACUCACUAAGUCAUUAAGAGAAUAUUCAGCAAGAGAAGGGUCUCCAUUUAACUCAGUAGAUAAGUUCAACUAUACAAUGUACAACAAGUUCCUCACAAAUUCUCUAAGUAGCCAGAUCUUUUUCUUUGUGUUCGGGAAUUUUCAAGAAUUUUACCUCGACAAUGUGAAGGAUGACAUUAAAGAACAAGUCUCAUGAGUGGUCAGAGACAUCUUGCAAUUUUAUAAGAAACUAGAAGUGAAUUCAUCUUUGUCAAAAUAUGUAACAGACUUUUAAAUUGAAA